CAACUCGGAUUUUCAGAAUCAUUAUUUUAUUAUUAUACAAAGUGGUGGGUUUCAAACAAUGAUGAAUACAAAGUCAGAUGCUUUGUAAAACAACUGUGGACCCUCUCAAAAACUACCAUAAUGGAAUAUGGCAGUACUAGUAACAAUAGUCUACUAGUAUGGAGGUGAGAUGGAACAAAGGAACAGGUACCGUACUGUUAUCAUGUUCUUCUACCAUGGAAGUAACCACCACUCCUCUCAAUCAUCCCAACAGCAAGAAAAUUCCUGAUGCCAUGGUGGAGGCCAGUUACCAUCAAGGAAAAGAAGGACAAAACGAAGACGGAGGAAGACCAAAGCAAUCCCCUCUCCAAGAAAUUCUGCUAAGGUACGAGUACGUACUCGUUGCAGCUUUGAAAUAGAACCCUUGAUACGUACGGCAUUGACUCCCUAGAAACGUACGGUACGGUAGGUAUGUACGGUACCAACCAUUUUGGUCGACAUGAGUCCUUAUUUCGUAUUCACACCAUGACGGAGGACAAACGCCUCGAUCUUCUGUGCAUUUUAUUCUGGGCUUGCGAUGGUGGGAAUUUUUCGAUCCUACCUGGUACGAGUAAGGUACCGUACGUACUGUACUACAGGGGUGACCCCUGCUGUACUAUGGGAGCAUCGUGUGGGUCGUUUUCCGUUGGUGUCCCGUGAGAGUUUUUUAGACAAAGGAGAGGGAAACCGGUGGUGGUCUCCGGGGCAUAGUUCGAAACGGCUGUCCAACGGCUCGAUUCGGGACCAACCGCGCCCCGAUUCCGGCUGAACGGGUUCGGGUGCAGGGCGCGAAAAAGGGCGGAGGGAGAGCGAAACGAUGGCCGGACGCCCACCCAUAAUUUCUGCCUCGGAAUCGGGAUUGCCGUUCCCCUAGUCCACAACGAAACCGAACGGGCCCGCUCUCCGUUCGGACCCCGCAGGAGCAAAUCCACGCGUGAAGGAACCAAACCGCGAAGGUUCAAAACGAUCUUAGGGAAGUGUGUUUCAGAAAAACAAAAAUUCGAUGCGUUCGCUCAAGCGGGCAAACAUUCCUUCCUACCGUACGGUAUGCGGGCUUCGCUGCUCCAAACGCAAUCGCUGGCCAUUCUUCCAAUCCAAACCGCCGAAGGCUCCGGCAGAAAGCAACGAAAGAAAGCCCAGUACACCACACAACACAACUUGUCUUGUCUUGUCCUGCCACGUCUCGUUCCGUCCCGUCGCAUCCCAUCGCAUCCCAUCGCAUCGCAUCCCACCGCAUCGAACCCCAUCGCCGAGCCAGAGGCACAACACAACGCUGCAGCACGCAACGAUCCGAACCGAACCGAUCCGAUCCGAUUCGAUUCGAUUCCAAACACAACGCACCAAACACACGAGUAUCGCUUGUUCACGAUGAGACGCUGCCCCGCACCGGCCACCUUCCUCUUCCAGCUGUUCCUCCUGGUCGGAUCGGCUGCAAGCCCCGCUUCCGCCGCCAGGAUCCGCGGCGGCGGAUCCUCGUCCCUCCCCUCCCCCGGGGAAUCUCCCGAAUCCCGGACCGGCCACUUGCCGCGGGGAAACCCCAAGCAGAAGCACCAGCGGCGGCGCCUCCCCAAAAAGGAAAAGGACGACAAAAAGGAAGCCGAGCCCGAAGAAGAGCAAGAAUCGGCGGCCCCGUCGCCCAUCCCCACCAAGGUCGGAGCACGCACCUCGCAGUUGCAGCAGCAACCACCACCAAACAAAGGGGACGAACCGUCCUCGCCCCUUGUGCUCCCCACGAAGGCUCCCGGCACCAACGCCGAGACCGGAAGCAGCCCAAAGCAGCAACCGCCGGCCCCUCCCAGCAAGAAUACCGGGCCGAUCGGACGCGCUUCGGCGAGGAAAGAAGGCGUCCGGAACGGGGUGGCCCGUCUCCCGCUGGCCCGGGGGAUCGGCAGCCGCCCGAACGACGAAGGAGACAAGGACGACAAGUCCGGCGGGGGGGGACUCUUCGGCCGGGGCGUCCUCCACGACCGGGACCGGCCGGUAGCGAAAGACAAGGACCACGGCGUCAAACCGGAAGCGGCGGAAGCCCUCGCAACCAACAAGUACACGGAAAAAGACCGGGUGCCCAUUCCCGUGGUCGAACCCAAGACCGGGACGGGCCUUCCCUUUGGUGGGGGCCGCGAAGCUUCCAAGAAGCCCGGGGAUGACGCCGGCCUCGGCAAGAAACUGGGACCCUCCGCUCCGGCCAAGACCACACGGGCCGUGGGCAGCGCGGGGCCUCUCGGAACGAACACCGAGCCAUCGAAAAAGAGCAAGAAGACAUCGAAGAGCAACAAAAAGAAGAGCCGGGCCUCCAAGAAGGGAACCAAGCUGACCAAGCCGGUGUAACAAGCACCGUGCGAUGGGACACACACGAACGAUUCUACCAUCGCAAUCACCGUGCCAAAGCGUCCACGAUCCGACCCUGUGCCGAUCCUUUGCUUCGAUAUACAACUAUUUUCAACGAUUACUCUAUAACACA